AUGAAGUACGCCAUCUCUCUCAUCGUCGGCGGUGCCGCCCUGGCUGCCGCCCAGCAGGGUCUCAGCACAUGCGCUCAAAACUGCUUCAACGCCAUGGUUGGCAAGUCCGUGACCGAGUUUGGCUGCACCAACGGCGACAUCGCUUGCUACUGCUCCAAGCCUGAGUUUGGCUACGGUGUCCGCGAUUGCUCCAACCAGGCCUGUUCCGCUCAAGAGGCCGUCGCUGCCAUUGCCUUUGCCAACGCCUACUGCGCUGCCGGUGCUGGCUCUACUGCCAACUCGGUCGCCUCGAUCCUGGGCAGCGUGUCCAGCUCUGGAUCUGUCUACGCAUCAGCCACCUCAGCCGGCGCUGCUGCUGCCGCUGGAUCUUCCGGAUCCGCAGCCCAGACCUCCUCCGGCGCCCAACAGUCGUCUGGCAGCACUUCUUCUGCCAUCACCACCUCGGCCCUUGUCGGCACCGUCACCACUGAUGGUAGCACCAUCCCUACCACCACUGGCUUCUCUACGAUCUACUCCGUCGUUCCUAUCGUCGGUGGCAUCGUCGGUGGUGCCUCGAGUGGAGCUUCCAGUGCCGCCUCUGGUUUGAGCUCAGGUGCUUCCAGCGCCGCGUCUGCCGCCAGCUCUGGUGCCUCAUCCGCUGCUUCAGUCGCCUCGUCCGCUGCCUCCAGUGCCGCAUCUGCUGCCAGCUCUGCCGCAUCUAGCGCCGCCUCAGGUGCCUCGUCGGUCGCCUCCAGCGCUGGAGCUGCCGCUUCCUCGGGUGCCUCAUCUGUUUCGUCUGGCGUUUCGAGCGGUGCCUCUAGCGUUGCUGGAGCUGCCAGCUCUGGUGCUUCGUCUGCUGCCAGCGGUGCCAGCUCGGGUGCCAGCUCCAUCACUUCGCGUGCAUCCAGCGGCGCUUCUGCUGCCACUUCGGGUGCCAGCUCUGCCGCAUCUCGUGCUUCCAGCGGUGCCUCAAGCGUUGCCGGUGGUGCCAGCUCAGCUGCAUCUUCGGUCGUGGCCACUGCCGGCGCCCCUAUCCAGACUGUCGGCCCCAUGAUGGGUGCUGCUGCUCUUGCCGCUCUCCUGCUUGUCUAA